UAAUUGUUCAACAAAAGCGCAUCUCCAAAGAAAGAAGAGCGAGAGAUACCAAACGGAGCCCUAAAUUUUAUAACAUGCGGGUUUGCGCAGCGAAUGAAUUAAAAGAGAAGCAUGCUUUCCUUUAAGAUUCAGCUGUUAGAUACGGGAGAGACAAUCUAGAGAGAGAGAGAGAGAGAGAAACAGGUGUGUCUCUGUGUAUAAGUAUAUAUAUAUAUAGAGAGAGAGAGAGAGAGAGAGAGAGAGAGUCCAGGUCCUUUCCGCCAUGUUUCCGUCUAAUCAUCAGCUUACGGUCCAUACAAAUGCUUUAUCCAUCCAAGAUUCAUCAGCACUGAAGCAAGUUGGUCAGAAUGAUUCCUGUCUAACUCCAAGGGAUGAAGUGCAAAAUGGAGCAUUCUGUCAGGGAGAAACAGUUUCAUUUACUUCUAAGAAGCUCCAGGAUGAUCUACAAAUGAUAGGCCUAAAAAUAAAAGAGCAUGAAGACAAUGUAAAAAAUAUGAAGGCUCAGAAAAACAGCUUGGAUGACUCGAUUCUCGACAUGCAAGUUAAUCUUGGGAAAUAUCAUUCAUCAAGUAUGCCCAUGAUGGAAGAUGAGGAUCAUACUGGUGUGGACAGUGAGGAGGAACCAUUAGAACAUAUAAUAGGGCACGAGAAAUCCGCAGCUGGCAUUUUGUGCUUGCUGAAAACUCGCCAUGGCAAUGAGGCUUCUAAUCUUCUGUUGACCAAGGAUGUGUUGGGUAUUGUUGCUACACUUGGGAAAGUGGAUGAUGACAAUCUCAGCAGGCUUCUCUCGGAGUACUUGGGUAUAGAAACUAUGUUGGCAGUUGUCUGCAAGACUUAUGAUGGUGUUAAAGCUCUGGAAACAUACGAAAAUGAUGGUUCUGUAAGUAAAAGUUCUGGUCUUCAUGGGCUUGGAACUUCCAUAGGGAGGCAUUUGGAUGGCCGUUUUCAAGUCAUUUGUCUUGAAAAUUUAAGACGAUUCCAUGGCGAGUUUGUAGCUGAGGACCCCCAGAUGCAGCUUGAUCUUUUCAAGCCAAGAUUACCCAAUGGCGAGACUCCACGUGGAUUUCUUGGGUUUGCUGUGAAUAUGGUUAACAUUGAUAAUUUCAACUUAUUUUGUGUCACAGCCGAUGGGCAUGGCCUUAGGGAGACUCUUUUCUAUAAUCUCUUCUCCCAUCUUCAAGUGUACAGUUCAAGGGCAGACAUGUUACAGGCUCUUCCUUGUAUAAGUGAUGGAGCCAUAUCUUUAGAUGGUGGGAUAAUAAAAACUACUGGCAUGUUUUCUUUGGGCGAUCGGGAAGGCAUAGAUGUAAAAUUCCCCAAAAGCCACGGGGCCUCAAAACAACCUGCAAACUAUUUUGAAACUGAAAAGCGGAUAAAGGAGAUGCAAUGGAAAAAAGAGAGAGUUCUGGAAGAUACGCAGAGAGAACAAGCAUUACUGGACAAUAUGAGGAUUAAUUUUGAAAUGAAAAAGCAGGAGUUUGUCAAGUACCUGGCAGAAAGCGCAGUAUAUGCAACUCAGGCUCAGGCUGGGAGAGACAGAUUGACUCCGAGAUGAUAUUUGCAUUGAAGAACGAACCAAGUACGUACAUUAUGAAUGCAGCCGAAGUGUACAGUUUGUCAAUUUGUACCUCAACUCUAGCUGGGACACUCAUUUUCUGGUUGUGAAUGGAAGUGCAUCUUGAUUGAAAGAUGAGGAAUUGUUGCUUCAACCUCUGGUUUUGCCGUGGCAAGGAUUAGCUCAGGCAUCUGUGGUCCUCUGUUCUUGUGGGUAAAUAAUCUCGCACUUGAUUGUCCAUUGAAGACAUAGUUGUGCCCAGAACUGCAUGGAGCAACAAUUAUUUUCAGUCUAUUGUGCACGCAACUUGUCGAUGUCGGUCCGAGGCUGUCAGUUUGCAUCAUUUUCUGAUGUGUGUACUUAUGUAACUGUACUUGGGCCUCAAUUCUGUAUGCAUUUUUCAUGUAAUCGCCUAGGCUGCAAUAAAUCGUUACUCGUUCAUUCGAGGAAGCAUCCUUUUAAUUUAGGAGCAAGGGUUGAGUUGUCUUUGCUGCAGAUAUUGUCACCAUGUUAUUUUGUUUUUAAAAUAGGGGCUUAGGUAUUAGGGUAUCUCUUGAAGCUUAGGUUGUUGAAGUUUUGCACUUGUAUGAGGUGGGCCCUAAUUUGGGUUGGAUUACCCAUGAACCUAGUGAAUUCCUUGUGUGAGCUUAUU